AUGGAUGGACAAAAUUCGCUGUCAGCGAGUACUCGUGAAAGUUCAAUGAUAGAAGAAGAAUUGCAGCAGUCCUCGUCAUCCGAAUGGUGCACAGAUUCAGAAAUACGUCUUUUCAAAAAACUCCUAUCUCAUAAACCAGCAGGUAUUUCGAAACAUUUCCAUAUGGGUUGCCUUGUUGAUUAUAUGAAUAAUGUUUAUGAAGACGAAGAUACGGAUUUUGAGGAUGUUUUGACAUCAGAGGAUUUACAUGAACUUACAACCAAGAGAAAUACUACAGGAAAACCACGGGUUUUUAGACCAAAAUACAAAAUAAGACCUACCGCAGGACUGAUUUGGAAGAAAUUAGAAAAUAUGUAUGAUAUGAAGCAAAUAGAAAAAAAUGAGGCAAUACCUGAAGGUUUGUUGGAAGAAUCGGAAUUCUGUUUACCAGAAGAUGAUUUCGGUGAUUUGUUACGCAAGAAAGAUGAGUUGAGUAAAGGUUUCAUUGCUCCUCAAACCAGUGGUAAUCAAUCGGUUCCGCGGAGAAAGCAGCGGGAUUCGAGUAUGUAUUUUUAUUGGCGCGUUGAAUUUAUUGCAACUGCUUCCCGCUGUACUGUAAUUAGUAGUUGUCCGAUUCUCAUCGGUAAUUACAUGUUGAAGGAUCCAAUAACCUUUAUAAGGAGUAUGUAA